AUGACGUGUUGUCGGUAUCCUUCAGAGAGUGAGUGUCCGGCGUGGGAUGCGUGGGCCAAUCCAGUUGCGGAAGCGAACGAUCCGAGUUCACUCGUUUCGGAAUACGCCGCUUGUGGCGUGUGGCGGCCCCACACGGUGCUGCCUUUUUCCCGUAUGAGUCUCGUCGCGUACCUGCGCGGACAGGCGGCGGAGGUAAGGGAAGAAACGGACGCGCGGGCGUGUUCUCUUCUUCGCGACACCUCCCGGCCACGUAGAGACUACUACUGUUGGGGUCACCGCGAUGAGGUGUUGAUAGCUGGCAGUGGAGGCACUGUGAGGGCGGCGUGUGCAUGUCCCGUUUGCGACGCGGUCGCCAGCCAGAGGUCCGACAUCACUCUGGCACGAAUUGUCGACGUGUUGCGGUUGGCGGCGCCACAGGUCCCCGUCUGUCUGGGAGAUGGUCGGGCGUAUUGCCCAGGCGCGGGAGAGAGUGAGUGUCCGGCGUGGGAUGCGUGGGCCAAUCCAGUUGCGGAAGCGAACGAUCCGAGUUCACUCGUUUCGGAAUACGCCGCUUGUGGCGUGUGGCGGCCCCACACGGUCCUGCCUUUUUCCCGUAUGAGUCUCGUCGCGUACCUGCGCGGACGGGCGGAGGAGUCUGGCUGGGCGAUGAUCGAGCGUUUUGUUCAGGUCCGGAUGGCGGCGGAGGAAACAGAAGAAUCGGACGUCCGAGCGUCUUGUGUGUCUCGGGGUUCCGUCGCCGGUGACAGGCAGAGGUCCGACGUCGCUCUGGCACGAAUUGUCGACGUGUUGGGUGUGGCGGCGCCACAUGGGUCGGCUGGUACGUCGAAGGAGAGUCGUCGAGCGCAUGCCCGGAUGGUCGGUCUGCGAGAGUUUUGGCUGUAUUCGUCAGGCGUCGGAGGCCUUGAAUUUGCGGAAGCGAACGAUCCGAGUUCACUCGUUUCGGAAUACGCCGCUUGUGGCGUGUGGUGGCCCCACACGGUCCUGCCUUUUUCCCGUAUGAGUCUCGUCGCGUACCUGCGCGGAUGGGCGUGGGAGGAAAGAGAAGAAACGGACGCGCGGGCCUGUUCUCUAUUUCGAGACACCUCCCGGGCCACGUAG